AUUGCCCUUUAAAUUAGUUCUUCUGUCUAUCUUAUUGGCUGAAGCCUCCCAUUAUUGGCUUGCUGGAUGGGAUUGCUUUGCUUUGCCUUUCAGGCUGCUUCUAAUGUCAGUGUUUGCAGACUACAGAGAAAGAGAUUCUUCAACAUUUACCGUAUGCUCUUGUGUUCUCCCCAGUGUCCCCUCUUAAUCUUCCUCCCAUGUGCUGGCCACACUUAGAAAAAAACCUGAAGCAACUUAUUGAGGAACCAGAACCCAGCAAAGCAUCCACAUGCGUCCUCUUCAAGUGGCAGCCCAUCCUUUCCCCCACAUUAUGACAACACUCUCCCGCCCAACAACAGCAUAACAUUGCUUGAUUACCAUCUGACCCAAAGCUGGAAUUUGGAUGAGUGGUGGUUGUACCUGCAAGAGAUGGAGUUCUCAAUAGCAACAGGAGAAGAACCAUUCAGCACAUUGGUUUCUGAGUGUGAUGCUGUUACAGAGGGGAAGAAUUCCUGCAUCUCUCCCUCAAACCUGCAGCCCGAACAGAAAACCAACUGGGAAGAAAAUGCAGAGCUACUGAAAGAAAGUCCCUAUUUUUGCAAGUGUGUGCCAGCCAACUCGAGUGUACCUACAUCACCAAAUGUGAAAGAGGGAAUUGCAUUGCAACAGCAGCAAAAAGAUAUAUCCCUGAAGAUAACCAUGGUAAAGUGUAAGACUGGGCUUCCUGACUCUGAGUUGCAGGAAUAUCUGAGACGACAACUCCGCCUUCUGGAGAAUGAUGACAGAAAAGCCAGGGCAGUAUUUUGUGAGUUGUCUGCUAGGCUACUGUCCAUUCACAGUGAAGACUACCUAAUAGUGGUGACAUUUUGGACCUUCGAAGAAAUCUGGAAGUUUGUAACUUAUUGUUCCCUUGGUUUUUUAAAUCACUGCAUGGAGAAUCUGUUGCUAGAUGACUAUUUCUGGCUCUCUUCACCAGAGGAAGCAGUUGGAAUUGAUGUCCAUCUAGAUGAGAAAUGUCUUGAUACGAUAUACAGAGGCCUCUUAAUUCAAGAAGGUACCUUCUUUGUAUUUCAUCCUGAAAACGUUGUAAGUGAGAGAAGAGCUGCAGAUGCUGGAGUUAGAAUUUACCAGCUGAAUUGCGCUGCUGUUACUGAGAGAGCCCCUGAAGCAACAGGGGGGAGUCUAGCUAAAGGAUUUUCAGAGCCCCUGAUCCCUUUUCAUCAAUGGUUUCUUAAAGAAAACACAGAGCCUAUUGAUUUUGUCUUAAAAACUGAACCUACAGUCACUGCUCAAACAGCCACGGGAUUUUCUGUAGCAAUCAUUAGCCAUGAAAGUGCUGUGCCUGAGGAAAUUCGUUUCCAGAAAGGAGACAGAAUUGAAAUUAUUGGCUACUUUAUGAAAUGCAUGCAGUGGUUUGUGGGAAGACAUAUCCCUACUGGCCAAGUUGGUUUUGUACAGAGCAGUCAUGUGAAACUUGAUGACUUCAAGAUAACUACAGCAGAACCACCAUACCUGGCUUUCUUUGAAGAUGAGCACUAUUUUUUUGCGAAAGAAAAGGCCCAUUUGGAAGAAAAUGUAAUUAACCUCUUGACACAAGCAUCACAUUAUAACAUUUGCAAUGUAUACCAAUUAGAUGGACAAGAAGAUCUUGAACUUGAAAAAUCUACUGAGCAAGGAAAAAGAGCACAAAUAGAGAUGUCCCAUUCCUUCCUUAACGAAAAUGGUAGCACAAUGCAAUACAAUGUGGUGCAGUCGCUCAUGAAAGUGAAGGACUUACAGUUGUAUAGGGAAGAGACUGAUGAUCAGAAAAGGCAAUUCUCUGCUUCAAAUAAAGAGAUGCCUUCCAAAUCCCAGGAACCAUGUUUCCGCAUAUGCCCAGAUGAUGACGUUUGUGCGCCAGAAAUAUUUGAAUCCUUACUGUUGUUUCUGAACUAUAAAGGAUAUGAGAGCAGCUUCAAAGACAUAUAUGACCUCUCAUUUUCCUUUCUUAGCACCCUGUUUUAUGGCUAUGCCAGUGAGGAAGAUCUGGUUGAUUAUUUUGUGCUGGCAAGGGAAGCAGCAAAACGAGCAGGUCUGCUAAGAGCCUUGGCAAGGCUGUGCUAUCUGCUGGGGAGAAUGAGUGUCCGGAAGUUCAAACUUUCUCAAGCUCGAGUUUAUUUUGAAGAAGCGUUGGCAACGAUACACAGAGAUUUUAGUGACCUCUUCCUUAUAACUACUCUUUAUACAAAUCUAACCGGUAUCUACUUGAAACAGAACAACAAGGAAAAAUGUGAUCGCUUUUUUGAAAAGGUUGCUUCUUUGCUUAUGGGACUUCCCGCCUAUAUCAGCAGCACAGUCAUGGAAUCAGAUAUUCUGAAGUAUGCUUUGAAAAGGGCGGUGCUAAGUCAAAGCGAACAUGCAGAAGCUAGAGCAUGCUUCCUGCUAGCAAAGCACUAUCUGAACUUUCAGCAAGGUGAAGAAGCACUGCCAUUCCUAGAAAGACUGCAGCUUCUGAGUAAUAACUUGGGUUUGCAAAAUGACUCUUUGUCAGUUGAUUGCUAUUUUAAGCUAGGCCAACUCUACAGUGAAAAGUGUUUGCCCCACCUUGUGCUAAGCUGUGUUAAGGCUGCCUCUUCUUGCAUCUCAUGUACUUUCCUGGAAUCAUUCAGAAGCAUUGACUUAGUAUUUAAAAAUGCUCCUAAACUCCAUAGUCUAAAAGUUGUGGGACAAAGGCACCCCUCCCAGAUUGCAUAUUAUCUCAGGCAAAUACUCCACUUGCUCGAGAGCAGCAAAGAACACCAAAAGCUGUGUAGCAUGGUUUACUGUUACCUCUCUCUACUAUAUAGCCAUCACAAACAGUACAGAAAAGCAAUUGACUACAUGGAGAAGGUACUGGACACAAAUGUACAUGCAAGCAUUGAAGAAAUUAUUAACCAUUUAGUCUUUCUUAGUUGGCUGUAUAUUCUCUACCAACAAAACACUGUGGCUCUGGACAUUUUAAAUGCCAUUGUAGAGUCUACACAGAGCAGUUGUCAGCAAUUAGGUAUUGUUUAUAACAUGACUGCCAUUGUUUUAAAGCGAAUGAACAAUACAAAGCAAGCAGCUGCAAACUACUAUAAAGCCCUGAGCAUUUCCAGAGAUAUGGGAGUAGUACAUAAUCAGGCUGUGGCUUUGGCCAACCUUGGGAUUCUCUGUCUGCGUUCAGCUGCCAGACAUCUUGGAGAGCACUUCUUAAUUAAAGCAGUAACACUAUUCUCUCAUCUGCCAAGUGUUGAGUGUGGCAGAGAUUUUUUAGACGUCCUUCUCAAGCUAGGAUGCUACUAUGCCAAUGGAACGUAUAAAGAUAAAGGGAGAUGUUGUUAUGAAUGGGCAUUUUUGGUGGCAAUGGAAACAGACAAUUUGGAAGGGCAGCUCCAGGCCGUUCAGCAUCUGUGUCAGUUCUACAGCACAGUUCUUCCAGAUGAAGCUCAGUGUGUCAUCUACAAUGAGUAUCAACUCUCCUUAGUUAGGAAGACAUCUGACAAAGUCAUGGAGGGACAGAUACUGGAAACAAUCAGUCAGCUGUAUUUAUCUUUAGGCACAGAAAGGGCAUACAGAUCGGCCCUGGAAUACACCAAAAGAAGCCUUGGGAUAUUCAUUGAUCUUCAAGCAAAAGAGAGGGAGGCACAGGCCUGGCUUCAGGCCGGAAAGAUAUAUUAUAUGUUGAGGCAAAAUGAGCUUGUAGAUCUUUAUAUCCAGGUCGCCCAAAAUGCUGCUCUGUGUACUCAUGAUCCUAAUUUGGAAAUGGAAUUGUUUGAAGCUUCAGGAGACGUAUUUUUUAAUGGAGACUGGGAAAAGGAAAAAGCAGUGCCUUUCUACAGGGACAAGGCUCUCCCACUUGCUAUGAAGAUGCAGAACAGCAAUGCUGAGCUCCGACUCUUCAACAAACUGGUGGGACUGCUGUUAACUCUAAAGGCAUACGAGGAGUGUCUGGGAUAUGCACAAGCAGCAUUAAUACUCAGUGUCAAUUUAGGAAACCAGUUAAGUGAAAGGAUAGCCUAUCACCGGCUGGCUGUUAUCCACCAUCAUCUAGAGCAGUGUGAACUUACUGAGCACUUCUUCUUAAAAGCCUUGUCCCUCUGCCCCUCGCCCCUUGAGUUUGAUGAGGAAGCCCUAUACUAUGUAAAAGUGUACCUUGUUCUUGGAGACAUUACGUUCUAUGACUUAAAGGACCCUUUUGAUGCUGCUGGAUACUAUACUUUGGCCCUUGCAGCUGCCAUGGACUUGGGCAACAAAAAAGCUCAACUGAAGAUUUACACAAGACUUGCAAUAAUUUACCACAACUUCCUGGUGGACCGAGAGAGGUCUCUCUACUUCUAUCAAAAGGCAAGAGCCUUUGCCACAGAGCUCAAUAUCCGCAGAAUAAAUCUAGCCCCUGAUCAACAUAUGAGGACAUCAUGGGCAUCUGUGAAAAAUGUCAUGUGAGGAUGUGACAUCAGGGGACUUUGUGAUGGGGAUAUUUUGAUUCUCUUUUGCCAAAUUGCAACCAUUUCUUUUGUAUGUGACAUGAAAAGGCCCAUGAUAUAUAUGGGCAUUUGACCUGAAUGUCACUACUGUAGUUCCUGCUUUUAUGUGCGGGCUCCAGUGACAUGAAAGCAAAAGGUUGGAGAGCUGUGGCAACAACCUGUCUUAACCUUACAAGCAGAUGUUGGACCUAAUUGUGUACAUACUCACUGUUGAAACAGGAAUGUUAAAAUAAGAUUUACUUCAGUAAUUAACUGAAAUAAUAAAUAUACUGACUGACUAAA